AUGCACAUCAAAAACUCCAUCCUUCUCGCCGCGGCCCUGACCGCUGGCUCGGUCGUUGCUCGUUCUCACGGUCAUGAGCGUCGUCACGCUCACGCUAAAGUUAACAUCGAGGAGCCUGCCCUUCCCGUUGUCACCGAUGCUCCUGAGCUGAAGGAGCGUGCGGUUGGCGAUGAGGUCUUUGCCACCAUAAACGGCGUCCUCGAGUCGUGGAUCAACGAGUGGGCCGGUGAGGCUGCCUCAUCUUCCAUCUCUUCCUCUACCUCCACCACCGUCGCUGCCGCCGUCGAGGCUACCUCCACCUCCAACUCUGUUUCUGUUGAAACUUCCGUUGCUGUUGAGUCUUCUGUCAGCGCCACCGCCGUCUCCAGCACCAGCUCCAGCAGUUCUUGGACCGAUUACCCUUCGGACUUAGAUUUCUCCAGUACUGGAUUCGGUAUCUCGAACUACAUCGAGGAAGCUCUUGGAAUCGACUGGAAGGGAAACACCGGUACCCCCUGGGGUAGCAACGUUAUCGAAGUCGAGGAGAGCGCAGCCAGCGGGUACCGCAAUGUCUUCCGCUUCGAGGGCAGCAGCUCCGCCGAUUGGACCGUGAUUUUCUGGAACAAGGUCGGUCCCCUUGGGGGCUUGAAUGGCUUCUUCUCGCCCAACAAGGCUCUCACAAUCAACGUCCCCGCCAAUGGCGUCAAGUAUGUUGCCAUUGACGACCAAUCCACCGGUGGUUGGGCUGCGUUCGAGGGUGAUGAUUGCCCUACCAGCGAGUUUGGCAGCUAUGCUGCCACCUGGGGUGAAUUCACUGUGCGUCCUGCUCCCGAAACCAGCUCUUGGGACGUUUCCGCCAUCAUUGCCGAGCAAUACAACUUGCCCAUCCAGGGUAUGAAGAUUUGCUCUGCUCUUACUGAGAAGGUCUGCUCCACCAUCACCAAGGACCUCGGCUCCAUUGAAAACGCCUACAACUAUGCCUUGCGGUACGAAAACGGCAUUGGAGGUAACACCGUGACCGAGGCUGUUCGUCUGGUUGUCAAUCUCGACUAUGCUUAA